UUAGUUUACCCGCUGAUGCCACAGUGCCAAUCCUUCAUCGUCAGAGAAUCGAUGGUGAAUGAAGCUCUGACCCUCCCGUGUAACUACUCAGGAUAUUGUCCAGCGGUUCAGUGGAGCCGCUUCAUUCCUGACAAAGUUGUCGUUGUUCACAGCUGGAUUUGUUCAAAACAAUUUUUUCAGAAAAGAUUUACACUACCAGGAGAUACAAGCAGAGGAGAUUUCUCCCUGAUGAUCAGUUCAGUAGCCUACAAUGAUGCAGGCUCUUACAUGUGCAGCUGUAAUGAAAAAUCAGUGACUGAAGUAAAGCUGAAAGUUAUCAUUCCGACAGUUGUAAAGGCUUUCGAGGGGAAGAACGUCACUCUCCCGUGUUACGGAGACACUCGACAAGUCAUUAAAGAUGUAAAGUGGAAGAAAGAUGGACACGAGGUUCUGCUGUACACUCCUGCAAACAGAUGGAUGACUAAACAAAACAGAUUCACGAUGUCAGUAGAAGGCUUUCUAGACGGUGAUCUCUCUCUUCACAUCAGUCCAGUUCACGUGUCUGAUACAGGAUUAUAUCAGUGUCUCAUCCACGAUGAAUCUCAGGACGGAGAACCACGAGCUGUGUUACUGAAGGUAGAAGUUUACCUGCUGAUGCCACAGUGCCAAGCCUUCAUCGUCAGAGAAUCGAUGGUGAAUGAAGCCCUGACCCUCCCGUGUAACUGCUCAGGAAACUGUCCAGUGGUUUUGUGGAUCCAUUUCAUUCCUGACAAAGUUGUCGUUGUUCAGAGCUGGAUUUGUUCAAAACAAGAGAAUUUUAACAAAAGAUUUACACUACCAGGAGAUACAAGCAGAGGAGAUUUCUCCCUGAUGAUCAGUUCAGUAGCCUACACUGAUGCAGGCUCUUACAUGUGCAGAUGUAAUGAAAAAUCAGUGACAGAAGUAAAGCUGAAAGUUAUCAGGCAACAACAAUUCACAACCACCAACAGCGCUCCGGUUUCAGGAGGGUUUGCACUGCUGGGAUUGUUCAUCCCUGUAGGGAUCAACAUUUACAUUACAUGAGAUUACAUAAGACAAUGCAGAGACCAGAUUUUAUCUAAGACUGCAGGAUCUUUAGCUUUCCUAUACAUCACCGUAUUGUUGUCCUGUGUGUUCCUUUUAUUCUGUGUGUUUAUUGUCCUGUUCUCAUCUCACACUGUAUGCAAUCUUAUGUACUGUUACAUGUUACACCAUGGUACUGGAGUCAUUUUUGUUCUAUCAUGUACAAGCUAUAUAGCUGUGAUGUGUGAAGGGACUCAUGGCUGGUGAGGCACUGACUCUUUUAAAGUCAGAUUUACAAAUAUGUGAAUUCAAUCGAGUAUCUUAAAUUCACCAUUCAGGUGGCUGCUUGCACAUUGAUAAAUAGUUAUUUAAUGUCUUCCGUUUUAACUUGAACAGUCAUAUUAAAUGAAGAGGAAACACAACAGUAUUUAAACGUCUAAACAAUGACUUAAUUAACAUUUACUUGUAUUCAACUUCUUCUGAAAAAGAUUUUGAAAUGCUGGAGCCACCACAAGUGUUUUAUUUCCUUUGUUUUAAACCAUAUUUAACUCUUGUGUUGUCCUCCUAUACAAAUUAGGCGCGCUGAGUUUGUCAGCAGACUUGACCUUGUCUGUUUUGACUGCUUAUAAAAAACGAACUAUAUAUGAUAGCUUUUUUUUUUAACUUCUAACUUCUUUCCAACAUAUUAACAUAU